AAGACGGGGCCGCGACGCGGCAGGGGCCGGCUGACCUCUCCACGUGUCCCCAGCACCUGCAAGGCUAGCGGGCAUUGGCUUUCCUUUUCCCAGGCGCGGGCGCGAGCCCGGAAGAGGCUGGGCGGCCUUGGGCUUCAAUCAGGGGGCUCGGAGGCCCGCCCUCGGAACACGUGCGGCCGGCGAGCAGCCGGUGCGGAGGUCGGCUUGGCUUCCUCGCCGCGCCCGCGCCCGCGCGUCCCUGCCCCGCCGGCGGACGCCUGGAGGCGGGCCGUGGCGGCGGCGGCGGGCCGGCCCCGAGCUCUCGGCUAGCUGUGGGGCGACCUCCCGAGCGCGCCGGGCGGGCGGCCGCGAGCCUCAGUGCAGUACUGCCCGAGCCCGGGCGGGGUCUCUGUUCUCUGGCGGAGGCGGUCCCUUGGCAGCGGGAAGCUCCCUCUCUUUCUCUCGCCGCCGCUCCGCGUCUGCGCCCUGGUGCCAGGCGCCCAGCUCGGCGCUCCCCUGCGCUCGCCCCGCGCCCACUCAUUCGCAGCCCAGCCUUCGCCGCCGCCGCCGCCUCCCGCUCCUCCUACUUCCCCCAGCCGCCGCGGCCAUGGCGGACAGCGCCAGCGAGAGCGACACGGACGGGGCGGGGGGCAACAGCGGCAGCUCGGCCGCCAUGCAGUCGUCUUGCUCGUCGACCUCGGGCGGCGGCGGCGGCGGUGGCGGCGGCGGUGGCGGCGGUGGGAAGUCGGGGGGCAUUGUCAUCUCGCCGUUCCGCCUGGAGGAGCUCACCAACCGCCUGGCCUCGCUGCAGCAGGAGAACAAGGUGCUGAAGAUCGAGCUGGAAACCUACAAACUCAAGUGCAAGGCGCUGCAGGAGGAGAACCGCGACCUGCGCAAAGCCAGCGUGACCAUCCAAGCCAGGGCUGAGCAGGAAGAAGAAUUCAUCAGUAACACGUUAUUCAAGAAAAUUCAGGCUUUGCAGAAGGAGAAGGAAACCCUUGCUGUAAAUUAUGAGAAGGAAGAAGAGUUCCUCACUAAUGAGCUCUCCAGAAAAUUGAUGCAGUUGCAGCAUGAGAAAGCCGAACUGGAGCAGCACCUCGAGCAGGAGCAGGAAUUCCAGGUCAACAAACUGAUGAAGAAAAUUAAGAAGCUGGAGAACGAUACCAUUUCUAAGCAGCUGACCUUAGAGCAGUUGAGACGAGAGAAGAUUGACCUUGAAAAUACUUUGGAGCAAGAACAAGAAGCACUAGUUAAUCGUCUCUGGAAAAGAAUGGAUAAACUUGAAGCUGAAAAGCGAAUCCUGCAGGAGAAAUUAGACCAGCCAGUCUCAGCUCCCCCAUCACCUAGAGACAUCUCCAUGGAGAUCGACUCUCCAGAAAACAUGAUGCGCCACAUCCGGUUUUUAAAGAAUGAAGUGGAGAGGCUGAAGAAGCAGCUGAGGGCCGCUCAGUUACAGCACUCAGAGAAGAUGGCGCAGUAUCUGGAGGAGGAGCGUCACAUGAGGGAAGAGAACCUGCGGCUGCAGAGGAAGCUGCAGAGGGAGAUGGAGAGGAGAGAAGCCCUCUGUCGACAGCUCUCCGAGAGCGAGUCCAGCUUGGAAAUGGAUGACGAAAGGUGUUUUAAUGAGAUGUCUGCGCAAGGACUAAGACCUCGCACUGUGUCCAGCCCGAUCCCUUACACUCCUUCUCCAAGCUCAAGCAGGCCCAUCUCCCCGGGUCUGUCAUAUGCAAGUCACACGGUUGGUUUCACGCCACCAACUUCACUGACGAGAGCCGGCAUGUCUUACUACAAUUCCCCGGGUCUUCAUGUGCAGCAUAUGGGAGCAUCCCACGGCAUCACAAGGCCUUCGCCACGGAGAAGCAACAGUCCUGACAAAUUCAAACGGCCCACGCCGCCUCCGUCUCCCAACACACAGACCCCGGUCCAGCCGCCUCCGCCCCCACCUCCACCACCCAUGCAGCCCGCGAUCCCCUCGGCAGCCACCACGCAGCCCGCCCCUUCGCCACAUUCGGUGCACCCCUCCUCCCAGCCUUAAUGCAUGUGCUUAGUCUGAAUCUCAUGUUGGGACUCGUACCGUGGAGCCGUCUACUCAAUGCCAAAGGCUUCUUCCCCUGGCAUAUUUGGAUCUGACUUAUUUGCACUGAGGUUAUCUAGGCUUCACUAUUAAUUGUGUUGUAAAUGUUUGUCGGAAACGCAGCCAGUGUUGUGGGUUACAACACUAACCAGACGACUCUUUCCAUCAGUGUUUUACUUGAAUCGACACGUGCGUCCAUUCCUCGGCUGGAACCUCUGCUUUGCGUUGUUCGGUAAUUCAGCAGCAGUGUGCCGUUUUUUGCUUGGCCCCAGAGCUUCAUUUUCCUGGCUUUUAGGUUUGUAAAAUAAAAAGGGAUAUCUUUUUUUUAUAUUUUUCCCCCCAUGAAUUUGCCGAAAAAUUACUGAGCUGUUCUCACCAACCCCCUCCCCCGCAUUAGAAUGGUGUUUACCAAACAUACCAGUAGUUCAGCACUACAAUUUGGAAAUCUAGCUUUCAGCAGAGAAUGGAAAGUUAGAUGGAUCAGUGCCCAAGACUGUUAAUAGAGCUUUCUACAGAUUCCCUUUUUAUAGGUUAUUUUCAGUGUAGAUCAACAUCCACGUCGCUUCUAAAACAGCCAAAAGUAAUGGAUCACAUGGCUGUACCUUUUCCACCUACAUGGGAUGGGUAAUUAUUGUAUAUUAAAGUGUGAUUCUUUCUUUUUCCUUAAUGUUAAUCUUCCCAAACUGGCCCCCUCUCACAUACGUCCAUAAAUGUUGUCCUCCCACCGUGGUUGCGAUGGCUGAUUAGAGCGUGCUGUUUGAUUUCUGCUACAGAAGGCAAUGCGAUUAUAACAAACAACAGCUACUUUCCCUUUCCAGUCUUUAUUUGUGUUUCCCUAAAAUAGAGUUUGAACAAAUAUUUUAAAGGUGCGAAAUUAUUAGAAGAUACUAUUUGAAAUGAAUGUUAUAGAAAUAUCUUGGCAUAAUGGCCACACAGUACUUUAUUGCUUGGCAGACGAGAGAAGAGGUGUAUAGGAAAGUAGCACAUUAGUAUUGGUGACUGCUUAUUUCGCCCAGUAUAAGAAGUGCAGUGUGUACAAAGAAGUAUAUUCUGAAUACGUUAUCCCCAUGCAUUUAGCACAAAUAAAUCAUUGGGUUUCACUUCGAAGUGGAACACUGUGAGUCACUCUUUUCUUAAGACUGCAACAUCUUUAUUUUUGCUUUUCGGCAGUUACUGUUUUGUAUUUUGGUAGUAAAGUGAUUUUUACCACCUGUGUUUGCAUAUUUAUAUAUGCUGUGGACGGAAAUACCUUACCUAGAGAAUGUAUAUUUUAUGAUGAGAAUGUGUAUCCGUUGGAUAUAAUCAGAGGACUGAAAGUUAAUUUAUCAGUAAUUUUUAAGAGUCCAUGUUUUGUGACAACCAUCUCUAAUAGCUAGCUCUUUAUUGAACACACUCCUAAAAAUAAGGAACCAUGACAUUGUAGAUAUUUAAUAUUGUACAGUAUAGAAACCUUCAUUUUUGCCUUUGAAUGCAUAUUUAAGAGUCACAGAAAGAAAAAAAGUCUUGUUGAAUAAUAGUGUUUCACUAGCAUUUUAAGAACUUGAGAGUAAAAGCAACAAUAGGAUUUUUCACCUCUUCCUGCUUCCACCCCCUCACCCCCACCCCCAAACGGAGAGCGUCACUCCUCAGUUGUUUGGAAGAAAUCGUACGUCUAUAUAAAUUUUAUUUAUAAUGUGUGUGUAAUAUACAUAAUCAUAGUACAGUUCUCAAAUAGGGGGAGAAGCUUGGCAUAUUAUUACUGAGGCUUUAGGUUUUUAAUAUGAUCAGACGGGGUCAGCUGAAACCCUAGGAUGUCACCAGCAGCUCACUGUCCCUCCUGGUACAUUGCCAUUUCGCGGCAUUCGGAGAGUAGGCAAACAAUGUUUGCCCUCAUGGUACAUUUCUUGGUUUUUCUUAGAGGAGAAAUAUGGCCUAUGUUUACAAGAAUCUUCUACAAGAUUAUAGUCUUCAGUGCUGUUGGACAGUGUCUUGCACUCAAACGAGGAAGUCCAUCAUGUAGUGACCGUCCCUCUGCUGCCUAUCAGUGUAGUGAUUACCUCCUGAAAGCACAAAGGUCAGAACAUCGCCGUCUGGAGAAUGACAAAGCACUUGGAGUGAGCAAGUAGUUCCUGACCAAUGCCUUUUAGAGAAGAGGUUCUUGGCAUUCAUACGCCUCCCCAGAUGGAGUGCUGGGUCCCCUAGGCUAGUCGUUUCAUUUCAAACUAGAACACAGCUCCUUCAGACGGCACCUUCUCACCAUAAAUCUAACGCCCUCUCCCUGCGGACAUUCAGAACUGAUAGAACAAACACUACUACUUUAAAUUUAUGCUGUUUCGUGUCUUUUUAAAGUGUUUUGUGACGCCGUGUGGAGCCUGCCGCACUUGGGCAAUGCCUGCCAAGGCAGAUUCAGACCCCGAGCUCAGAGAGGCAAGAGCCCCCCCACCCAUGGGAAGCUGACUCACCUCAGCCGUUUCUCCUCGGGGCUGACCGUGGUUACUGCCAUUCCUGUUGCCCACUCGCCCAGGGUAACUCGGGACUGACUCCCGGAAGGCCUUUGUAAAACCCGUAGCCAUCUCGAAGGCCAGCGGGAGCAAUAGUAGCUUCAGUAGCUUCAUUUUCCUGUCUUGCUGACAGAGACCCUUGGCUACCACUGUGCUGCUAAUAGGAUAAGUACUUCAUUGCCAGGUUACCAUGCCUUCUACGCGAAACCAAAUUCGCUUACCUGAUACCUGACACUUCUCUGGGCUCUGACCUGCUUUUCUCUCAAGAGCAUGCUGGCAUUUCAGGCAGAAUUAUAGAAAUUUGCAGAUGGUGGAAGUAUUUAAGAUUUCAUUCACCUUGCUCCUUCGUUGAUUGAAAGGAGCCUUAAAUGCUGAGCUCCUGAGAUACUGACCACAACCAUGGAAUGAAUGUGUGACCAGAAUGUGGCUUUGACACCAAGUGCUGCUGUCCCUUUGUAAUUGGCUUCUGAUUUGACCAGAAAUAAUUGACAAUGUGAAUUUUUGUUACCUGUUCAAUUGUAGGACAAUAGAAUAUGUAUCACCCUUUGUUAGGUAGGCACAAACUUCUCCUGCACGAAGCCUUGCUUGUAGAGGGUGCCCAGUAAGACAAGAAAAAAAAGCAUAGUAACUUGUGCUUCGAGAGCUCAAUAUUUUUAUCUUAAUCAGUACAGAAGAAAUUUCUCUGUGUAACUUGAUCUUCUGUCUAGUACUUGUCUUUUAGGUAACCAACACUGAAAACUUUGUAGUGAUGACUACCAAAGAAAUACAUAGUAAAACAACCUUUUAUUUCCAAAUUAUUAAAGAGCCAGCCAUUGACGCUGCUACAUGAGUUCCAUGCUCAAGAGCCAUUGUAAGAAAUGAGGGGUUUUUAGGUUUUUGUUUUGUUUCUAGUUUUCUUUAUUUCUCUUUAAUUUUUUUUUUUAAAUAUAAAACAUACACACACAGCUGUUAGCAUAAAAUUAUGGGGAGCGUUUUCCAGAAUGCUCAGCAGUUGUGGUUAACUGCCAAGUCCUGGUUGCCUCUCGUCAGGCAAUUGGAGGAACCCUAUGUUCAUGGUGGUGUGGGUGCUGUGUGUGUGCACGUGUGCGUGUGUGCAUUCAUGCCUUAACUCGGGUUACUGCUCAACUUUAGUUCUUGACUUAGUCUGCACCGUCAUCUAGAUUGUAUUGUACAUCUCGAUCUGAACUUCAUCCUGGCAAAAACAAAGCUGCAGGCACAGCAGUUCCAGAAUGCAUUCCUCCGGAAGCGUAUUCGGUCAGGCUGACCCUGAGGCUGCUUUGGACUUUAUUUGGAACUGAGCAUGGAAAGCAAAGUGGACUGUCAAACAGAAAGACAUCAGCAAGGAAGAGAAGAGAGCCAAGUGCUAGCUUGUCUUUUGCCUCUGCACCUCUGUGCACACUGUGUGUUCAUGACAGCUGGUCUACAACUUGAUGAGGUUGGAGUUCUGUAAUAGUGGCAAUCUUGACAUUCUUGGUCAGAGUGUAGAGAGAUGUAAGACUUCCAAUUAAUGUCUUAUUUACUUCUUUAUGUUGAUUAGUCUUUGAUACAUGUGCUGAAUCAGAAACCUAAAUAAAGAUAAUUUUUUAAAAUGUA